AUGUACACGCUGGAGGCGGGCAAUGCAGGCUGGAGGGGGAGGUGCAUGGCGACGGCGCUGCUUGCAGUACUCAAGUGGGCUCCAAUGGGCUGGAUGGGUGUCGCUCCUGCCCACCUUGCAGUAUAUUUGCGCUAUCUCUUAUGCUUCUCCGUGCUGCGUCAAGGUCAAUUGGAGCUUCAGACGGAGUCACAGCGCCUGCGCAUCUCGCUUCCUCGGGACGACCACGUGCCCGAAUUCGACGUCGGCUCGCCUAUCCCGCUGUGGAGUGGCAAAGCUCAACGAGGAGGUGUGCCGCUGGUUCACGUUGAGGCUUGUCACCGCAUUGCCAAGCACUCGCGCGCACUGGGCCAAUUGAGCUUCUCGCUGGACGCGUGGGUCGAGUUCGUUGACGGCGUGGCUGGCCGACGCAAAGUCGGCUAUCUGCUGGAGGUGGUGGACAUGCCGCAGCAGUUCCGACGCACUGUGAUGCGCAGCGCUUCGACCAUCAAGAACGCGCUGCUGCUGCUUCGACUGGAGCACCAGCUCGACAGGAAGGAGACCGAGCGCGAGACUGGCGUCGCUGACGAUGAAGAGCAGGACGAAGGGCAGGUUGAAGAGCCCGUGGACUUCCAGAGGCUCACGGUGGAGUCCCGCGAGUAUCGCUACGAGCAGAUCGAGCAGGAAACGUCGGCCGUGGCCCACGUCCUUGAGCAAGUCGCGUCUAAGCUGUGCCAGGGCCGACGACGCUGGAGGCAGCCGCAACGCUGCUACCAGAACCAGCUCGAGCGCGCCACGCUCUUCAAGUGUCUGAUGUCACCUUCGCGCUUGCCAGCCGUGCCAAGUUAUCACGCUAUCGGGGUGCAGAUCAACGUGGCCCAGCAUCUCGCCAUGAACGUCGUGUGCGAGGCGGGUAUCUACCGACUUCACGGCGCUGGGGACGGUACCACGCCACUGCUGCGCCAGGAAUGGUUCAUCGUGUCUGCAGACCACCUGCACUUCUUCCGGUCGUUCUCGGUGACUCCGUCCCUGAGUGUGCCCGUCACUAACGUGCUGAACGUGUCCAGUGUGGACCGGGUGCGCUUGUUGAACGGCAAUAAACCGGCGAACGCGCACCAUGAAGACGGCGCUGUGCCGCGGUGGUACUGCGUGGAGAUUCACCUGGUGCUGGAGGUCAUCACGCUGUUCGUGGAGACGUCCGAGGAGCGAGAUCGGCUGGUUGCGUCGCUGCAGCCUCUCACCAUCGACGACUGCGACAUCAACGUGCAGUCGGUGGCGGUGAAAGGUGCAAGGACUGAAGCGGUUGCUGCAUCGCCUCUCUUCACGCCGAUGGCGCUCAACUCGCAGAGCCAACCCGUGUGCCUGAACCAGCGCAGCUCCCGAUUCGUUGACUCAGCGUUGAAGGAGCUCGAUUCUGCAGCGACGCUGACCUUGGUCCAGGAGAGUUUGGAGGCUGGACUGAAGAUGUUUGCGCUCGGUGAGACGGCGGCAAGGCUGCGCAUCAACAGAUCCACGGUUCUUAACUUCCUCGAUAUGGUUGAAAAGCUCAACGGGCUUGAUCUGGACAAGGUAGCGGCCGAAAUGUCGAGUGAGGAUCGCUUCGCGCUGGGUUUGAACCUUUACCACACGCUGUUCAUCCACGCGGUGCUCAUCUUCGGCCACCCGCAGUCUCACGAGCAGUGGAAGUUACUGCAAACCGUGCCUUGCUACCUCGUACGCGUUAGCAGCGGAGAGGAGUCGGCGAGGUUCACUCUGGCCGACAUCCAGCGAGUGAUCUUGCGCUGCCCCGUGCCAGUGUCGUUGGAGGCGACCAGCAUCACGCGGAGCUUGUCCCAGAACUCGCUCAUGGAUCUCGCCAUCGGAGGCGGAGACGCUAUCAACGGCCUGUGCAGAACCGUCCUGGGCGUGGCUUGGACUCCAGUGCUGCCAAGCAGCAGCUCGUUCUCAGUCAUCAAGAAGACCCCACUCCCGAUCCCGGCAGGACUGGCCAUUGUCAGCGCAGAUAUGCGCACGAGUCUGGUAUUGCAGAUCAACAGCUCCCCCGCUAUCGCCAAGACCACAGGCAUUAUGCGCGUCUAUGAUGGCGGCCAGAAGCUAAACGAGCAGCUGAAUGCCUCCUGCACAGCGUUUCUGAGUCGCGAGCUGCGUUUGGGCGAGGUGAACCGCGUGAUUUACCUGCCGCGAGUGUGUGAAUGGUACCGCAUCGGCCACGACGAGGACGUUGACGGCCAGGACGACGGGGCCAGCAGACGAAUGGGUCCUCUCAGUCAGCGCCGAAGACGUCGGAGCAGCAGCGGCAGCGUCACCGGAUUAGCAGCACUGCCGAAAUCCAGAGGCUUCUACUGUCUGCAGCGUCUGCUUGGCUUCAUGAAGGUGGAGCAGUACCAUCGAGUCAUGCACCUGCUGCUAGGAGCGGGCGAGGAGUGCCGCUUUGUGUUCGACGAGUUCUGGACGAGGCCCAGUCGGUCUGCCGCUGCGAGUUUGCUCAGCAGCGCUGGGAGUGCUGCUCUCGCAGUGUUUACGGGCUCUAAUGCGAGCAAUGCUGCUGCUACCGCUCAAACGCCAACAGCAAGCAAUGCUACCGGAAAAGGUGAUGGCGACUGGUUUGUUGUUAGACAACAAGGCUCGCGCUCGUACUUCUGA